GCAGUGAGGGGGAGGUCGGCUGCCGAGCGGCUGCGGGCAGGAGCGGCGCAGGCUUCGGGGCGCGGCGCUACCGGUCACCGGUGCUUCCUUCUUCUCCCAGCGGGAGGCCGGGCGCUGCGUCGCCGGGCCUGGCGGGGACGGGGAGAGCUGGGCCCCCGUGUCAUGCCCGCCUGUCCCCGUAGGUAAGUGAAGAAAAAUGGCCCGUACAAAGCAGACCGCCCGCAAGUCCACCGGGGGGAAGGCCCCCCGCAAGCAGCUGGCCACCAAGGCGGCCCGGAAAAGCGCUCCCUCUACCGGCGGCGUCAAGAAGCCCCACCGCUACAGGCCGGGCACCGUCGCCCUCCGUGAGAUCCGUCGUUACCAAAAAUCGACGGAGCUGCUGAUCCGCAAGCUGCCCUUCCAGCGGCUGGUCAGAGAAAUCGCCCAAGACUUCAAAACAGACUUGAGGUUCCAGAGCGCGGCCAUCGGUGCGCUGCAGGAGGCCAGCGAAGCGUAUCUGGUGGGUCUGUUCGAGGAUACAAACCUGUGCGCCAUCCAUGCCAAGAGAGUCACCAUCAUGCCCAAAGACAUCCAGUUGGCUCGCAGGAUACGGGGGGAGAGGGCUUAAGUGAAGGCUGUUUUUAUGGUGUUUUGUAGUAAAUUCUGUAAAAUACUUUGGUUUUAAUUUGUGACUUUUUUGUAAGAAAUUGUUUAUAAUAUGUUGCAUUUGUACUUAAGUCAUUCCAUCUUUCACUCAGGAUGAAUGCUAAAAGUGACUGUUCACAUAAACCUCAGUGAUGUGAGCCUUGUUGCUCAGGAGUGACAAGUUGCUAAUAUGCAGAAGGGAUGGGUGAUCUUUCUUGCUUCUCAUGCAUGUUUCUGUAUGUUAAUGACUUGUUGGGUAGCUAAACUUGUAAGGUACUAGAAUUGAUAUAAAUGUGUACAGGGUCCUUUUGCAAUAAAACUGGUUAUGACUUGAUCCAAGUGUUUAACAAUUGGGGCUGUUAGUCUGACCAUACAUCACUGUGACCAAAUGUGGACUUUUUCAGAGGGUGAAACUACAAGUCUUAACCACAGUGUAACUUACAGUUUCCUAAAAAAAAAAAAGUAAACCUGGCAGCUAUAGAAUACACUAUGUGCAUUUAUAAUAGCUAUUUUAUAUAUUGUAGUGUCAACAUUUUUAAAUUAAAUGUUUUACAUUCACA